CCAGUCUCUGAAGUGACUCGACCGCACAGAGUUUCGGAAAGACAGUGGCUGGGCAGUCCUAGCUUAAAAAUUACACCAGACUGAAUAAAACCUUUCAAACCAGUCUCUCUGUUACUAAGAGGACAUAAAAACUGCAUGUAAAUUGAACGGGCAUAUCAGACUAAACCAGAUGAACGGACUUGCACCAUCUGGAAAAAUGAGAUUCAUUGCAGUUGCUGUCAUUCUUUGUGCUGGAUAUUUCUGUCCAACAGCCUUUGCUCAUCCUCGGGAAGAAUGGACAGAACUCAUCCUAACUCGACAAUGGCCACAGACAUUUUGCAGUAUGGAACAAUGCACAACAAAUUUAAGCUAUUGGACUCUGCAUGGAUUAUGGCCCAACGCUGGCAUGAGCUGCAAUACAUCCUGGCAUUUUAAUGCCAGUUUGAUUGAGGACUUAAUUCCAGAAAUGGAAAAAUACUGGCCAAAUCUGCUAGCAUCUUCUUCCACAAAAUUUUGGCAACAUGAAUGGAUAAAGCAUGGAACCUGUGCUGCAAAAGCUGAUUCUCUAAACAGUCAGCACAAAUACUUCAGCAAAGCUCUCGAGCUGAACCUCAAGUAUGACCUUAAUAGUGUUUUAAAGAACAACAAAAUCGUCCCCUCUGAGGAGUACUACACACUGGAUCAGGUGGAGACAGCCAUUACCAGCUUUUUUGGAGUGAAGCCUAAGAUUCAGUGCGUCCAUCCAGGAAAGGGAGGCCAGGUUCAGACUUUGGGCCAAAUAGAGAUCUGCGUUGACAGGGAUUUCCAGCUGAUCGAUUGCGAAAAGUCAACCAAAGAAAUCUGGAGCAAUGUCAUCCCCCCAGUGCUUGUCAGUGGCCAGUCAGAGCUCAGUGUGUGUGAUCACUCCGUGCCGGUCUAUUACCCUCCAGUGCCCAGCAGAUCAUAGAGCUGGGCAACCCCAGACCUCGUGUGGGAGUGUGAAAUCACGGAGCAAGAGAAGACGAGAAUUCAUUCUGUAUUUGAAACACUGGAAACAGUGUUGAAAUCUUUCCUGAUUACACUAUCUUUAAGCAAUUGCACAUUAAAUUCCUUUGUUGUUUUAAAUGUUGAUGCUGGAACAAUCUAGUGAAGAUUUAAGGGUGUCACAGACUGCUGUAUUCUAAGGUUACUGGGGUCACUUCUUAUUAGUUUUGUAGGUUUUACAGUGUAUGUUUUGGCAAAAAAAGACAUGUCCAGAUUACAUUUACCACAAAAUUUCAAGAAUUAAAUUAUAAAUGAAGCAUGUUAGUUGAAUUUUUUUAUGUUACUUUUAUGACAAUUCACAUUAUUCUAAAUUACUCUCUUUUAAUAAUACAGUAUUUUUAUUAAAGUAAAAACUUUUUUUUUUUUAAUAAGUGUAAAUUACAAGCAAUGCAACAAAUACUACAGUGCCAUAUAAAUUCAUGACAAUGUACAUAAUAUAGCACUAUUAUGUUCGCAAAUCAGAAAGAGAUUUUUUAUUUAUUUUUUUUGUAGGCUAAUGUGCUCAAUUUCCAUGAAAGUAAAUACUGAUCCUAAAAGAAAGUUACAUUUUCUCUGCUUUAUAUAUUUCUUUUGAUUUUAAUAUGAAAUAUGACCCAAGCAUGUUUUCGACCCAUUUUCUGAUAUUCACUCUUUUUUUUUUAUAACAGACCCAGAUUAGCUGUAGUAUUCUGCCUUCAGUAUAUUUAAUCUGAUAAAAUUGAUUUUAUGUUUGCCAUUCAUCCCUUAAUUUGCAACGUUAAUGUGUUAAAUUUGUGGUUGGUUUGGAGCUUUGGGCCUACUGGCAGCAGAUGCACAUAAUGCACAUUUAAGCUUCUGCCGCUGGAGGGCAGCACAUGCAUUCUGCCAAAAUAAAAUGAAUAAAUAAAGCACAUUGAUGUUUACAGA